AUGACUGGUGGUGGUUGUGUUAUUUGGGAUUUGGAAGGAAUUUGUAAUUCUGCAUCUGCUGGUUUUAUUUCUUCUUUGGUUGUGGGGGUUGAGAUUUCUUUUCAACAAAAAAUUGGAAUUGGCAGCUUGUCAACUAUGACAGGUCUUGCUGAUUAUUACAAAACUCUUCUUGGAAUUGAUUUGAAUCAAUUUGUGGGUUAUGAAAUUGUAGAAAUUGAUGAUUCCCCAGCUACCUCUUACAUGAUUGAUUGGAGUGAUAAGAAUUGUGGUGGAUACAAGGAUUUAGGAGCUAGAUUUAAUAUGGGACUAGGUCUGUUUGUCUCACGAGCUGCCAAUAGAGUUGCAGUUCCAGACAACUCAACCAUCAAGUAUAAAUUGGAAAAGGAUGGUGAUGUCAAAGUAUUGGAAAUUCCAUUUGUUGGCACAUCGAGUGUGAAAUAUUUGAAUGACAGCAAAUUUUAUGAAAGUUGUUUGAGAGUUGAUUCUGCAGCUGAUGUGUUGAAAUCUCAAGGAAUUCCAACAAGAAAGACGCAUCUCUAUAAUGUAGAUCCACAUUUUGAAAAGAGAGAACUUCCACUCAAGUCAACCGUGCAAGGAACUUUUUCAGUGAACAAUAUUUUGAAUGGCGACAUGAUCAAAUAUUACGAAUUGACAUCCAAUCAAGACAGCUCCAUAUUAAUUGGUGUAAUUGUCAUUGAAAUCUUUUCUCCAAAAUCCAUUCAACAAUUUUCCAGAGAUUUCCAAACCAGUUUAUAUUUGGCCAAGCUCCAUAAGGCAAAGAAGAUUAUUCUCGAUGUUACCAAUAAUGGAGGAGGAUAUAUUUGCUUGGGAUAUGCCUUCUCAAGAUAUUUCUUCCCAAAGCAAUUCUCCAAUCAGUACGAGAGCUUAUUUGCAAGAACUGACAUGAUAGCUAGUGAAUUGGGUAAAGAGCUAGCUCAAAAAGGAAGUGAAUCUCCACAACUUGACACCAUUUGGAUGCCACAUUUUUGGAGAGAUGAUUCAGGAAAGGUCUAUAAUGAUGACUCCUGGUUCACAAAUCAACAUACCUUCUCUAGAGGAGGUGUCGAUCAUGCCUACACUUCAAUUAUCAAAGAUAAUGGAUGCAGUGAAAUGUUUGAUGAUUUCAUUUUCACUGGUGACGAUUUAUUGGACUAUAGUUCAGAUGAUUUGAUUAUUCUUUCGAAUGGUAGAUGUGCUAGUACAUGUGCCAUGUUCACAUUCCAACUUCAACAAUUUAAAAAAGCUAAAACAGUCGUUGUUGGUGGUGUUCACAAUACUCAACAACAAAUUGGUCAACUGCCAGGAGGUCAAGUUUGUGAACAACCAAAUUUGGUAUUGAAUAUUGAGGAGUAUAACAUGACUCAAAGUGAACAUGCUCCUAAACUCUUACCAACAACUUCUAGAUUGAGAUUUGCCAUCAGAGAAGCAUAUGCUUGGGCAGAUUCUCAACUAAACUCGUUGGAAUUUUCAUUUCUCCCAAGUGAUUUCAGAUUAGAUUAUUCGAAAGAAAGUGCAAUGGAUCCAACCAAAGUAUGGAUUGAUACUUUACAAUUCUUUGACAAGUGUGCUCCAUGGCAAACUCAAACAUGUCAAAUUACAAAUGGAAUUGGAAUGAAGAGUUGCAAUUCUGGAACUUACUCAUCAGAAUGUAAAUUAAUUUCUUGUAAUGAUGGAUUUGGAAUUGCAAAUGGAAAUGAUUUCUGUACUCCUUGUCCAUUAGGAACCUUUACAAAAGGAACUGUUUGUGAGCAAUGCACAAACAAACCAGUCAACUCACAUUAUCUCAAUAAUACUCAACAAAUCUGUGAAUAUCAAUGCGAUUUAGGAUUUGAGAUUGAUAAUACUGGAACUAAAUGUGUGGAAAGUGAAUACGAAUCCGUUCAAAAACCAAUUCUUUCAUUCUUGGUUGCCUUGUGUGUAAUUGCCAUAAUUGUUGCAUUCCUUUCCAUUGUUGCAAAUUCAGUUCUUGGAUUCAAACUCUAUCAAACACGUAAAGAAAAUCAACAAGAAACCAUGCAAUUAAUGUAAAAAUCUAAUUUCCUCACUUUACAAAAUUGUUUAAUAAUUAAACUUUUUAAAUAUUUCCAAAAAA